UUGGCUCCAGUGCGGUGUUUAGGAUGGUUUUCAAUGUGUGGAGUUUCCAUCUGAUUUUUAACAUUUUGUGCAAUGCGGUGGGCAGCGAUCAGGCGCAGAACAUGCACCCGUGUUGGUUGAUUUCGCUUCAUGCCAAUUGGUUUGCGUUGGGCCCGGAAUUGCGUUUCUUGUCAUUGUCAUUCGAAACCUGUGUUCGCAGGAUGUCAAUUCGGUGCGGUUGCUUCAUAUCACGGACAGCCACAUUUCUCUAUCAAAUGAGGCCCCGCCACGUUCCUCAAGGAUGCACGCGGCUUUUUCACGGAGCAAGCACCAUGAGACAAAGAUAUCCACAACUCCGGCACAAGAGUUUGCGAAACUGGUGGCCAUGGCGAAGGACAUCAACGCGGACGUGGUGGUCUUAGGAGGAGACAUAUUGAAUUUCCCUUCAAACUCAACGGCCACGUGGGUGCUGGAGCAGUUGAACUUGGCAGGCUGUGGCUUUAUCUUCACCGCCGGCAACCACGAUUGGCACUUGGAAGGCCAGCGUGGCGCUGCCAGUUACGAUGCAGCGCGUGUGCCUGAGCUCUUUUCCACCUUCAGGCCUUUCUUUGAACAAAGUCUCUCUUCCCGUGGCUCUUGUUAUGACGCCCUGGGUCACUGGAGCUCUGAAGGGCUUGGCUUUCUGUACGGGUGUGCUUUGGUGAAAGGACUCUUGCUGCUCUUCGUGGAUAAUUCCAACUUCCAGGUGGAUGAUGAUCAGCUGGAGUUCACGCGUUUGCAGUUGGCGAGCGCAGCGGGAAGAAGAAUGCCAGUUGUGGUACUGCUCCAUAUUCCGCUGCAGCUGCCUGGCCUGACGUUGCCCCCAAAAGAGCUGUGCGGACAUCAGCAGUGGGGCAGCGACACCGACGCAUUGUGGCAAGUGGAAGAUCGUCCGCGCUGGCCUCCCGCGAAUCGGCCGAGCACCCUGGCCUUUCGGGAGCUGCUUCGCGCGCACGCAGCGCCUAUGGGCCCCAUCGCCGCGCUGUUGUCAGGACACACUCACGAAGAGGCUGCGGUAGCACUGGGCGAGUCGGACUCGGAGUCUUGCACCGCGACAUCUGCCUGCUGGACAGUGGAGUCCCGGACUGGGCAAGAGCCUCCAAGCCAGGUCAGCGAUGCCUUGCAGUACACGACCCGCGCGGCGGCGGAGGGAGCUUAUCGCAUCCUCACCAUCUCUUCGUGACUGGAUGCCGCGCAGGGUGGAUCGGAAGGACUCCCGUCCCCUGCAAGGGGCAGCUGAGCCAUGCAGCCAUGGGUUUUCGCCAAACCCUUUCAGGCAAUCAACAGGAGGUGAGGACCUUAGGAUCUUCACUGAUUCAUCGAUGUGGGCAGAACCAUAAAGCGCACAUCACCAUGUUUCACUGAGCUCCAUCGAGUCCACUGAAGCGCUUCCGUGGGGAAAUGCAG